AUGGCCACAUCGAUAUCAAGCGACCACAAGCAGCUUGAUUAUCAUGUUAUCUGUGCGAGAAUCUAUCCAUUGGUUCGAGCUGAUGCGUCGGUGUCUAUUAAGGUGUUGCAAGAGGCCACGGAGGCGACUUAUGGAUUCAUGCCUAGUUAUCGGAAGGUGUGGUUGGCGAAGCAGAAGGCAGUAGCGCAAAUAUAUGGCGAUUGGGAGGAGUCAUAUGCUAAUCUACCACGGUGGAUCCUUGGGGUCACAUGCACGAUGGAAGGUUCUGUUGCUCUACUGAAGACGUCCCCGGUUAGGGUGGGUGACCAAGUUGACGAGGAUAGAGUUUUCUUUCAUCGGAUGUUCUGGACGUUUCCUCCGUGUAUUGAGGCUUUCCGCCACUGUAAGCCGCUGAUAAACAUCGACGGCACACACCUGUAUGGCAAAUAUGGCGGGACGUUGUUGUUGGCGAUCGCACAGGAUGGUAAGUCGAACAUUUUGCCUGUUGGGUUUGCACUCGUGGAGGGAGAGAACGCAGAUUCUUGGUCGUACUUUCUAUCGAACCUUAGAAGGCAUGUCACUCCACAGCAAGGUAUUCUCGUGAUCUCUGACAGACACAACGGCAUCAAGGCUGCAUUAGAGAGCCCCGAUAGUGGUUGGCAACCCCCCCAUGCUUAUCGGGCAUUUUGUAUUCGGCAUGUUGCUGCAAAUUUUGCCCUCACUUUCAAGGGGCAGGAUGCGCGGAGGUGGUUGGUAAAUGCCGCGUAUGCGAAGACGGAAGCAGAAUUUGACUAUUGGUUUGAUAUAAUGAGGACGGAGAACCCGGCCAUGUGCGAAUGGGCAAACAAAAUGCCUUAUGAGAGGUGGACACAGCAUAAGGAUGGUGGGAGAAGAUACGGUCACAUGACCACCAACAUCUCUGAGUGUGUGAACUCUGUCUUAAAGGGCACAAGAAAUCUCCCGGUGACGUCUCUGGUUAAGUCGACAUAUCUCCGGUUGGCCGAGUUGUUUGUUGUCCGUGGGCAGACGGCAGAGGCACAGUUAGGGUCCGGGCACCGGUUUUCACAGGUAGUAGUUAAGGCCAUUGAGCGUAAUCUGAAGGAAUCGAGGUGCUUCACGGUGACAGUGUUUGAUAGGCAUCAGCUUGACUAUACUGUGGCUGAGACGACUCCCACCGGGAAAUUCUCUUUGGGUAGCUAUCGGGUUUCUCUGAGGGAUCACACCUGCGAUUGUGGAUACUUCCAGGCGCUUCACUACCCCUGCUGCCAUGCCCUCGCAUGCUGUGCGCAGUCACGCCUAGAUUGGGCAACUUAUGUUGAUGAGGUGUACACCAUGUCUGAGGUCUUUAAGGUGUAUGAGAUGUCCUUUUCACCAUGUAUUCCAAAGGGGCUUUGGCCACCAUAUGACGGGCCGACGGUUAUACCCGAUCCGGGCAUGAGAAGGGCUAGAGAAGGACGACCACGGUCCACCCGCAUCCGCAACAACAUGGACAAAGCCGACACCAGCCGACCUAAGAGGUGUGGUCUGUGCAGGCAGCCCGGUCAUACCCGACGGGUUUGCCCUUAG